AUGGAAAAGGGAUAUCUUCAACAAGAAGGUGUUAACUUUCAUGAAACUUUUAGCCCUGUGGCUAAGCAGCCUACAAUUCUCUAUGUUGAUGAUAUCCUAGUCAUUGGUGGUGAUCAUUCUCUUCUUACACAGUUUAUUCAACAUAUGCAUACUGUGUUCUCUAUGAAGGAAUUGGGUACUGUGUCUUAUUUCUUGGGCAUCUUAGUUCAAACCUUGUCUCAUGGUUACUUCUUAUCUCAAGCUAAGUAUGCAACUGAGCUUCUUCACAAGGCUGGUUUAACUGAUUGUAAACCCUGCUUUACCUCUUUAACUAUCAAAGCUUCUUCUCAUUCUUCUUCUUUAGAUGGUCUUCCAUUUUCUAAUCCUUCUCUGUAUAGGAAUAUUGUUGGUGGCUUGCAGUAUCUCACCAUUACCAGGCCUGAUUUAGCCUUAGCUGUUAACCAGGCAUGCCAGCAUAUGCAUCUUCCUACUAAUGCUGAUUUUCAAGCUGUCAAACGAUUGUUGAGAUAUGUGAAAGGUACUCUUCACCAUGGUCUGCAAUUUACUUAUGGUCCCUUCUUUCUUCAUGCUUUUUCUAAUUCAAACUAG